AUGCGUCCGAUUGCAGCUGCAUAUGUCAUCUUCGCCGCCGCGCUCGCGCAGGCCGCUCCGACCGUUUACCUCGCGGGUGACUCUACAAUGACUGCGAAGGGCAACAACGAUGGCACUGCUGGAUGGGGCGCGUACCUCACGGACUACAUCAGUCUAGCCGUAGACAAUGAAGCGAUCGCCGGCCGCUCAGCACGCUCAUUCACCAGAGAAGGCCGCUUCGAUACUAUCAUCGGUCAAGUCCAAUCUGGAGACUUCGUGGUCAUCGAGUUUGGACACAACGACGGCGGCAGCCUGACGCCGACUGACAACGGGCGUACUGACUGCAAUCCCGUGAACAACAACUACGCGACGACUUGCACCACUGUUUACGAUGGCGUGACGGAGACUGUACUCACCUACGAGGCGUACCUCGCGAACGCGGCCAAAUCACUGAAGGCCAAGGGCGCGAACGUGAUCAUCUCAAGUGCCACACCUGACAACCCGUGGGAGACUGGAACCUUCACCUACUCGGCCAAUCGCUUCGUUGGCUAUGCCGAAGAUGCUGCGACCGCCAGCGGCGCAACCUUCGUAGACCACGGUCUCUACACGGCGGCACUCUUCGACAAGGAGGGUGAGGCCACGGUCGACAGCUACUACCCGAACGACCAUACGCACACCAGCCCGGCUGGCGCGAACGUCGUUGCAAGGGCAUUCAUCCUCGCGCUGGAGGCCACCAGUUCGUCGUUGAACAACUACGUCACGCAUGACUAG